GCCAGGCUGUAGAUUGAGAUGGGCAAUCCAUGGGGAAAGGGCAGGAUGUGAGAAGCUGGACCAGAAAGAUCAAGCGACAGGAUAAGAGCCAGCAGCGCAAGCUGAGGGAGAUCCAGCCCAGCCGGCCCACAACCUCGCUCUCACCUGACUUCUCUGGAUCUUGGCCUUGUGACGUCUGCGUGCUGUGGCUUAGAACGGUGUGGUAUGACCGCCCUGACCGGGAGACCAGGUGGACAGUCUUACCUGGAGCACGCGCGCGCACAGGGUGCAGCGGGUCUCGGCGUCGUGCUCCAGCUCGGACUCGGUGUCAGCCGCGCGGCGCCUUGGGGCCGAGGCCCGGGGCGGCGGAGGCCCGAAGGCCAGCGGCACGUGAGGCGGCGGCGGCGGGCAGAGAUCCUGGCGGAAGUCGGCGCGCAGCCAGCGCAAGGGCGGCCACUGCGGAGGGGAAGCCGUGUACGAUGAGCACCAUCUCCCUGGGGAAGAGAAUGAGGGGCGCGGCCUGUGAGCCCCUCGCCCCUCCCCGUGUCAAACCGAAUCCCCUCGCCAUGAUGCGCCUCCGGUCCUACCUGAGAGGGGAGUCACACCCGGCUUCAAGCCUAGCCCACGAGGCUCUGCCCCUUCAUGGGGGUAUGUCCCCUCGCACCUGCUAACCUCAGGCCCCGCCUCCAGUCACAGGGCCCGCGUCCACUGGUCCGCCAGGCCCCGCCUUUUUUGCGGCCCCCGUUGUGCUGCUGCACCCGACGAGCAGGGUUGACCGUGAACCCCACGUAGACGCGGCCCCGGUGCCGAGGGUUCAGGCAGUAGAGCAGGUAGACGCCGAAGAAGCGCCCGGGCCUCGCCGCGCCCCCUGUGGGGCCCAUCGGAACUUGGGGGUUGAUUGCUCUGGCCUGUGACCCCGGGGAGAGCUGGGUUGCCAGGGCCGCAAGAUGCUUGUCUCGGAAAAAGCGCUUGGGGGCAAUCCCGAGGUACCCUAGAGGCCACAGCAAUGCAGGCUCGUGCACCCUCUCCUAGCUGGAGCUAGGGUGUCCAAACCGGGGCACAGAACCCGGGCUGCUGUGCAGGCGGCGGGUACCGAUUAGCGUCCGCAGGGGCCUUAUGCAGACUCUGAUUGGCUGACUGAUGGUAGGUGCAGAAACCGGAGACUGUUGGAAAACUGGGCUUGCAAGAGGGCGGAAGUACUGUGUUUACUGACGCCUUAGUAAGGGCGGAAGUAGAGGCCUCAACGGAAGUGGCGCUAGUAAGGGCGGAAGCAGUGUGGCAGGGGUCCGAGCCGGGGUUCUGUCCCCGCUGGGCUGUCGCCCCCGUUGGGCUGCCACAAUGGAACUCAGCGCGGAGUACCUCCGGGAGAAGCUGCAGCGGGACCUGGAGGCGGAACACGUGGAAGUGGAGGACACGACUCCCAAUCGUUGCGCGUCCAGCUUCCGAGUCCUCGUGGUGUCGGCCAAGUUCGAGGGGAAGCCGCUGCUUCAGAGACACCGGCUUGUGAACACUUGCCUAGCAGAAGAGCUCCUGCACAUCCAUGCCUUUGAGCAGAAAACCCUGACUCCAGAGCAGUGGACCCGUGAGCAGCAGAAAUAAGGAACCCGGACCUGCACAUCUAUUAAAUUAUGAGUCAGGCCCAG